GCUGUGAAGAACGUGUCGUAUGCUCGAGGGGUCACCAUGACCCACUUGGCCUUGGACUCGGCCAGGAACGAAUACUACACCUCGGCUUGUGGGGCCAGGCCAAACGCCGCUAAGCUCGCGGUCGUGGUCACUGAUGGAAUGUCCACUUUCCCUGAGAGCACGGAAGCCGCCGCCCCCGCCCUACACGCUACCGGGGUCAAGGUCGUCAGUAUCGGAAUUGGUUCCGGGGUCAGCCAGGACGAGCUGAAGAUCAUCGCGAGUAGUGUGGACCUGGUGUUCAGCGCCAACAACUUUGACGUGCUGGACGCUAUAGAGAAGGAGGUCUCAGCCACAGCCUGUGAGG